AUGAGCUUUCGAUUCGUUUCGAUAGCUGCAGGUCCGUUCUAUUCAAAGACCAACGGAGUCUCUUUCUUUCUUUUUUCUUUUUUCUUCGGGAAGGAGGACGUGUGUAAUCGCGCGUCCGUGAAAAGAACUUUGUUUCGGGAGCGUAAGGGGGGAGCCCCUAUUCCAGCAUAUUCAAAGACACUUCUUCUUCGUAGCUUCUGCUUUACGCGCGACCUCCGCGUCUCGCUCGUUCUGUUUUUAGAACCCGCGUCGAGCAGCAAGCCACAGUUUCCAUCUGUGAACGACGUCGGAUUACGGGGUGUUUUAUACUCUUUGGCGAAAGAGACUUCAAAACCAUGGAAACGAUUAAUGACGAUGUGUAUUGCACUCAGAGUCGAUGAGGAGACAAUUUGUUCGUUGCAAGAUGAACUCGAAAGGAUAUGGUGGCAAUUAUUGGAAAUCUAUUGGUUUUUCGAUACUGUCGUUUUCCAAGAAGAAAUUGAAGACACACUAAAGAUGAAAGAAAGAAAUCUUUGUUCGAAACAUGAUGCACAUAUAAUUGUUCAAGUCGUUCAAGUUCUGAAUGAUCUCGCGUGUUUCUUUAUUCGUAACACUUAUGUGGCAGCGAAAACUAUGGGAUCAAGGGUUGAAAUGAUCCUGCAUUCACCGGGUCGAGAGUUAAAUUUACCCCUUUUGAAAAAGAAAAAAAAAUCGUCCCUCUUUCUAGAACCAGUCGGCUUUGCGAAGCCAAAGUUCUCGAUGAUUGACAAGAGUCGAACGUACGAGAUCCUGGAAGACCAGAGCCAAACGUUGCAGUGUCCCGCCCAGGCGUUUCCUGUCCCAGUAUUCAAUCAGUUUCUACAAAGGCAAAGUUCAGGAUUAAAUUUCUCAGAACAUUGCAAUAUUCUAUGCAGAUAUAUCCUGUUUUCAAUCUUUUUAAUUGGUUCAUUUUAAUUGGUCAAAAAAGAUGUGUAGUCACCACCAUGUUUCUUUAA